AUGCCCCCUGGGUGCGGUACGUCACACUCGCGAAAUGACUGCAUUUAUUUCAAAAGGAAGACUAAAUGCAACAGCUGUUCAAGGCCCGGACAUAUUUCGUCAGUAUGCAAAUCUACGGAAAAGCGUAAGACAUCGAAGUCCAAGCUAGUUAAUGUAGUUAAUGAUAUUAGCCAACCAACUUUCGAAAAUAUCAGCGUGGUAAAUGUCCUUAAUACUACGAGCGGCACUGAUAAGAAAAUUGAAGUUAAACUCCAUGUAAAUGGUAAAAGUCUCAGUUUCCAAGUAGAUACGGGGGCAUCAUGCUCUUUGGUCGGAAUCGACGGUUAUAAGAUGCUUGGAAAGCCAAAAUGCGUGCGUACUAGUAAAGUACUAAAGACAUACGGCGGACAUCAAUUACCACUAAAAGGUAUAACCAUGGUGAACGUUCACUGUAAUAAUAUACAUGAAACCCUACCGCUUGUGGUAGUGGAUAACAAGGAGGCCUCCAAUAUUCUAGGCCUAGAUUGGUUCCGUAAAUUAAGGUUUCAUAUGGAUAUCCCAAGUAAUCUAGAAGCAAAUCAAUGUUUCUCAUCCUCAACAGAGCCCCGAUCAAGUAGCCAACUAGCUAAAUCCCUCGAGGGUCUAACCAAAGAAUACCCUACCCUUUUCGCAGGUGGACUUGGGUUAUGCUCUACAUUUAAAGCUGAAAUUAAUCUUAAGGCUGGCGCAAAGCCAAAGUUCUCCAAGCCGUACAACUUACCCUUCGCAUUUCACGAUGAAGUACUGGCCGAACUGAAUCGCUUAGUAAGUACUAACGUUUUACAGCCCAUUAAGGCCAGCGAAUGGGCAGCGCCCAUUGUGGUGAUACGGAAGCAGGGUGGAAAAAUACGGGUGUGCGCUGAUUUUAAGGUAGGCCUUAACUCCCAAAUACAAGUGGAUCGCUACCCCAUCCCCCGGAUAGAGGAACUAUUGUACAAACUCCAAGGAGGUAAAUAUUUUACAAAGAUAGACCUCAGCGACGCUUAUCACCAAAUCGAGCUAUCUGAGAGCUCUAAAAAAUGCAUGGUGAUCAACACAGCCUUUGGGUUAUUCCAGUAUCAAAGGAUGCCGUUUGGAAUUUCUAGCGCCCCUGGAAUUUUCCAACGGUUUAUGGAGCAACUGAUAGCAGGCAUCCCUGGUUGCGCAGUAUAUCUGGAUGAUGUGAUCGUUACGGGAGAAAAUGAUGAAAAUCAUGUGGCAAACGUUCGCCGAAUUUUUCAACGGCUAGAAGAAAAUGGACUUCGAUGUCGCCCAGAAAAAUGCACCUUCGCUAGUCAGCAAAUUGAAUACGUCGGUCACAUAAUUGAUGCUAACGGCAUUAAACCCUCAACCAAACGCUUAGAGGCGAUCCGAAUGAUGCCUCGGCCUAAAAACGUGCGGCAAGUAGAAGCCUUCAUUGGGAAAAUCAACUAUUAUAAUAAGUUUAUCCCGAAUUUCUCCGCAAAGGCGUCCGCAUUGAAUAUCUUGAGAAGGCAAGGGCAAAAGUUUGAAUGGGGCGAGGCUCAGGACAAUGCUUUUACAGCAUUAAAAGAUGAUAUAAUAACAGCGACACAGCUCGUGCACCACAACGAUAAGCUGCCCAUAAUUCUUGCAACGGACGCGUCAAAAUACGGACUCGGUGCCGUAAUAUCGCAUAGGUAUCCAGAUGGGUCGGAAAACCCAAUUGCUUUCGCAUCCAAAACGUUAAAUAAGAGCCAAAUAAACUACUCGCAAGUAGAAAAGGAAGCACUAUCCAUAGUAUUUGGCGUCACGCGUUUUCACCAGUACUUAUACGGUCGUAGGUUUGAACUAACUAGUGAUCAUCAACCGCUGGUCACCAUAUUUCAUCCCCAUAAAAAGCUACCGGUCGCAACGCUGCACAGGCUCCAAAGGUGGGCAAUAUUUCUCCAAGCUUACGACUACACUAUAAGGUAUAAAAAUACGGCACAACACGCCAACGCAGAUGCGCUCUCUCGACUUCCAAUGGGCGAAGACUUAGAGUUCGAUUAUUGGGAAAAUAAGAUACUUAACGUUUAUGAGGUCAAUGAAACUGCACUUGACACUUUUCCCAUUAGCUCAUCGACGGUCUCAAAGGAGACAGAAAAAGAUGUCCAACUUCAAGUCGUUAAAAGAAUGAUUCAAGAUGGGUGGCCACAUCACUUGCCGGAAUCGCACGGUAAUAUUAAAUCAUAUUGUGAUCGUAGACUCUCGCUUUCUUUACAGAAGGGCGUGGUCUUGUUGCAAACAGAGCAUAAUCGAGUGGUUGUCCCAGCAACGUUGCAGCCAAAAGUCCUAGCUAUGCUUCAUGAGGGCCACUGGGGUCAAACUAGAAUGAAGCAGAUUAGCCGACGCUAUGUAUGGUUUCCUAAGAUCGAUGAAGCAAUUGAGAGGUUGUGUAAGACCUGCGCGAUCUGCGCAACCACUGCCGCUAGCCCAAAGCAGCACUAUUCAUCUUGGCCGCCAGCCGCAAAACCAUGGGAAAGAAUUCACAUAGACUUCGCUGGGCCGUUCUUCGGCAGCAUGUGGCUUAUUAUAGUCGAUUCGUUAUCCAAAUUUCCAUACACCAUCGAAAUGUCUACAACGACUUCAACUGCAACCAUUUCCGCACUGCAAAAAGUAUUUGCCAUCGAAGGACUGCCCGAAACCAUAGUAAGUGACAACGGAACGCAAUUCACAUCGUGGGAAUUUCAAAAAUUCUGUGAACUCAAUGCCAUUACUCAUCUCACUACGGCGCCUUUUCAUCCAGCAUCUAACGGGUUGGCGGAGAGGUUCGUAAGAAUAUUCAAAGAAGCAUUUGGAAAGGAAAUGAAAGGUACAUCAAGUAAAGAAAAGGCCCUAUGUAAAUAUCUAGCUACGUAUCGCUCAACCCCAAAUCCGAUCACAGGGAAAUCCCCUGCAGAGAUACUACAUGGCCGACAGCCUCGUACGCUACUUUCAGCACUUUUUCCAAACCAGCACGUACCUAACCACUCCAAAUCGAAGUUUUGUAUAGGACAAGAAGUCCAAGCCCGAAACUUUUCAGGGAAAAACAAAUGGAUUACAGGUAAAAUAAACCAAGUAUUGGGCCGCAUGAUGUACAACAUAACAACACCAAGGGGCAUAAUUAGAAGACAUCAAAACCAAAUACGGAGAGCGGCAGCACCUCCCACCUGCGAGCCGGUAGACGAUGAGAUAGAGUGGGACGUAGAUCCAAAUAAUGUAACCACCCAUAACAACGCACCGCAAACUAGGAACGAUCAUCCAACGACCCUUGCGCAGGACAGCGAUAACAACUCCAACGUACAAACAGGCGUACCCACUGUCCGUCGAUCGGAGAGACCGCGCAAGCAAACAGUGCGUUUCCAGAUACCUAGCCAAUAA